CUUUUGUGUGGUAUAAAAACUUUCUUUAUAUUUUUGUUUUUAGACAGUGUUACAUAGUUGUUAUUGUUAAACACAUAUAGUGAAUUUAUUAUAAUUUCAUUUAUCAUAUCAAAAUUACUUGUCAAUUUUGCAUUAUAUUGUUCCUUCUUGAUUUUUAGCAAAUUUCAUUAUAGUUAAGCGAAUCCACUUAGCUAAGUUCAAGGAAUACAAAAUAACCAAGAAUGAGAGCAAUAUUAGUAGGAAUUUUGUUGAUUUGCUGGUUUGACUCAACCAUAUCCAGAUUAGAGAAAAAGGACUUCGGCAAAGAACUUCUUAAACACGUUGACAGAUGGCAUACGAUUUGCAGGAGGAUAACAGGUGCGUCAGAAGCUCAAAUAGAUAAGGUCUACAAUGGAACCUUUCCCGAAGGGGAUGAUGCUUUACAGAGGUACACCUACUGCAUUUGGAAUCUUGGUGGUCAGAUGGACAUUGAUAUGAAAAUGAAUCAAACUCAACUGUGGGUUUAUAUACCUGACAUGCACAAAGCUGAUGUUGUCCACUAUAUGAAAUGUAACACUGACGCUAGACAACUGCCUAACAAAAAUCAUGUCCAGAAGGUGUGGGAGAUGCAAAAGUGCAUUCAAAAGACAGUGGAUAAUGAACACUACAUAUUCUUCUAGAAGCCGCGGACUGGAUAACUGGACUUGAUAUGCUAAGAAAUGAUAAAAACUAUUUUAUUACCCGUUAAUAAUUCUUAAUAUACUGUUAUAUCAAUGUUUAAU